AUGUCACUUGGUACAGAGCUCGCGGCGGCUAAUGCACAGCUCCCUGGUGGUUUUUCGGCAGACGUCGAGCUAGCUGCGAAUGCGCACGACGGCGAUGUGGGCAAGACUGCGCAGAUGACCUCGACGGAGCACCUCGGCCGGGCGGCGAACGCCUUCCGCAUGCUCUCCUCGUCCAUGGCCGCUUAUCUCUCGCCCGACGACGUCGAGAUCAUCAACUCGAUGGCCGGGGGCGCCGCAGGCAUCAUGCCUCUGCCUCCGCCGCCGGCGCUGCCUGACAUUGCCUCGGGCAUGCCGUCUAUUGUUAUCAGGCGUGAGGCACUAGACGCUGCCGUGGCCGAAGCGGCCGCCAAGGCCGACGCCGCAGAGCGCUCGGUCGAGACCAUCGUCGCUGAGAUCGAUGCUUCUGAGCGCGACCAUGCGCUGCGGCUGGAGGCGCUAGUCGCACUCCGAGCCGCUGCCUAUGCCGCCAUGACCUCUUCUGGCGCCCGAUACUCGGCGCGGGUCUGGCCAGCUUCGAUCGACACUCUUUUCGGCAACGUCGACGCUCUGGCUGCCGCCUCGUCCGACCUUGUCGCCGCCCUCGACGCCGCACGUUCGCAUUCACCCGCGGCUCGCCUCGAGGCCAUCUGUGCCGCUCUGGCGGCCGCCGCCGCGCCCAUUGCCCGCGCCUACGGCGAGUACCUUGUCGAUGCCCACGCUCGAAUCAAGCUUCUCCGUCUUCUCUCGGCGUCCGAAGCCAACGAUCCCACCCUCCGCGACGGCCUGGCCGCGCUGGUCUCCGCCGGCCGCGCCGACGACGCCUGGGCCGCAAGCGGCCGCUUUGCUCCGCUUGCCAGCCUUCCGCUCGAGGCCCUCAUCUCAAGCGUAGCGCAGCGGCCCGGAAAGUACAACGUACUGAUGACGACCGUACUGGCCACGCUCGACGCCGUCGAGCCCGAGACCAAGGCCAAGCUUGAUCUGCGGUCGAUGAACAUCCGCGCCGCGGCCUCGGCUGCCGGCGAACUUGCUGCGAGCACUCAGGCCGAGCCGCCUGAGAUCAGCUCGGGCAUCCAGGCGAAUGACCCGGGUGGGCUCUCGGUUGCCAUGCUCGAUGCCGCGCGGCUCUUCCGGGUCUACGCCGCCGACAUGAAGUCCCUCCGCAAGGCUGCGGAGAAGCACUCCAAGUGGCGGCUCGUCGGCCGCGGCAAGGCCUCGCGCUCCGCCGCUGCCCUCAACGCCAUCUACGGCUCGGCAGAGACCGCGCGGCGACUGACCUCACUCGUCAUCGCCCGUCUCGCCGCCGCGUCGCUCAACCCGGGCGCGUACAAUGUUCUCCAGGUCGACGCCGUGUACGGCGAUGCGCCGCUCACAUGUGUCCUCUUCUCCACCCACCUCAUCUUCACCUUUCCGCUUGCCAAUGACGCGGCCCAAGCACUCCCACAAGCCGCGCCAGCCUUUGUCUUUGACCUUGCCGACCCGUCGUUUGCCAUCACGCCCGUUGAUGGCCACGCCGACCGCCUCGCCGUCUCGGACUCGGCGCUCGGCGCCUUUACGCUCUUCUUCCCCGCCCCGCGCGACGCAUCCAUCCUUCACGCCCGCUGCCUCGCGUUUCAUCUCUUUGAGCUGCAACUCGCCGCCGUCCGCGCAUCCCGUGCAGUCGCCGCCUCCAUCGCAGCCCUCCCUCCCGGCCCGGCCGCCGAUGCGGUCGAGGCUAACAUCGCCCGCGCCACCCUCGGCCUCACCGCCUUUGCCGACGACACCGAGGCCGAAGACUUUGCCGACGCCAUCACCAUCGCUCUCGGCCACUCGGCCCCCCUCACAUUGCCCUCUCUCCUUGUUUGCCCUGACUGUGGCAUCGAGGCCAAGUUCUGUCCCGCCUGCGGCGCUGCCCGGCCCAGCCGCUCUCCCAUGCCAUGA